ACCAGAGGAGUAACAAGAUGGUGGCGGAGACGGUGGAGCUCCAUAAACUGAAGCUUGCUGAACUUAAGCAGGAAUGUCUUGCUCGUGGUUUGGAGACCAAGGGAAUAAAACAAGAUCUCAUCAACAGGCUCCAGGCAUAUCUUGAAGAGCAUGCUGAAGAGGAGGCAAAUGAAGAAGAUGUACUGGGACAUGAAACAGAGGAAGAAGAACCAAAGCCCGUAGAACUGCCUGUCAAAGAGGAAGAACCCCCCGAGAAAACUGUUGAUGUGGCAGCAGAGAAGAAGGUGGUAAAAAUUACAUCUGAGAUACCACAGACUGAGAGAAUGCAGAAGAGAGCUGAACGAUUCAAUGUACCUGUGAGCUUGGAGAGUAAGAAAGCUGCCCGGGCAGCAAGAUUUGGGAUUUCUUCAGUUCCAUCAAAAGGUCUGUCAUCUGAUGCCAAGCCUAUGGUUAACCUGGAUAAACUAAAGGAAAGAGCUCAAAGAUUUGGUUUGAAUGUCUCUUCAAUCUCCAGAAAGUCUGAAGAUGAUGAGAAGCUGAAAAAGAGGAAGGAGCGAUUUGGGAUUGUUACAAGUUCAGCCGGAACAGGAACCACAGAGGAUACAGAAGCAAAGAAGAGGAAAAGGGCAGAGCGCUUUGGGAUUGCCUGAUGAAAAGCUCUUAAUGCUUUCUGUUCUCCAGUGGUUUCCAUCUCUCUGACUUUUCUUGGUCAUAUAUAUACAUAAAUGCACAGUCAUGUGCCUAGGCCCUGCCUUGCAAUGAGAUAGCAUGUACCCCGGGUACAUCCAGGAACUUCAGCAGCAGUUUGACUCAUUGCUGUUCCAACUUUAAGGUUGUUGUUCUUGUGUUGUUGUUUUUUAAUUAUUAUUUUGCUUGUUAAUAAAAAACAAAUA